CAAACAAACAGGCGUUUCGUGUUCGUGUACCAAGCACCGGACUCCUCCCUGCCCCCGUUCCGUCCACGCGAGAGAACUCCACUCCCGCACAAAACCCUAGAAGCGGCUCGGUCCCUGGAGGAACCCCGUCACGCGCUUGGUCCAAGCCGUAGGAGCAGUUCUGAUCCCAGCUGCGGCGGAUUGGGGCCGACAGCUGCGGUUUCUGGCGCCGGAUUUGGGAUCGGCGCCAUGUCUUGGGCUGGCCCCGACGAGAUCCUCCUUUCCACUUCCCUGGCCGGCUUCUUGGACAAGAAACUUAUUGUCCUGCUAAGAGAUGGACGAAAGCUGCUUGGCACCCUCUGUUCAUUUGAUCAGUUUGCAAAUGUUGUUAUUCAGGGUGCUUGUGAACGAGUAAUUGUAGGGGAACAAUACUGUGAUGUUCCUCUUGGUCUGUACGUGAUCCGGGGAGAGAAUGUUGUUUUAAUUGGAGAAUUGGAUCGUGAGAAGGAUGAACUCCCUGCUCAUAUGACUUGUGUUUCAGAAGCAGAAAUAAGAAAGGCUGAGAAGGCAGAAAAGGAAGCAAGAGAUCUGAAAGGCACGAUGAGGAAAAGGAUGGAGUUCCUAGACUUCGAUUAGCAUCCGUGGAUCCUCCUGGCAAUUGCUGCUCCCAUUGUGCUGCAGGUUUUUAAUCGCGGCUUGUGCUAUCUAUGUGGCCUGAUUGCGUUGUAUCUCAAAUCUCAUGCUUCGUGUUCAUCCAGAUUGGAGAGUUCGGUGAACAGAUUCUUUUAUUAGCAGUGUUGUACUUCUGCUGUUGCAGUUUCUUCA